AUGAAACCGCUUACUAGAACACUCCUUCCACUCCCCAUGCGCAGAAGCUGGCAAACCACAAUAUUUCGACCGAUCAACACUGCCAGCUCCCAGUAUAGCCAAAUAUUUCGUCUCCCGGACGGUCGUGCACUCGGAUACGCCGACUAUGGCAGCCCAACGGGCUACCCAGUGAUCUACUGCCACGGCUAUCCCUCGUCGCGGCUCGAGGGGUUCAUGUUCGAUCUUCACGGGACGCUUCACCGCAACCAAAUCCGCUUAAUUGCGCCAGACCGUCCCGGGUUUGGCCUGUCUACUGUCAAACCUGACCGUCGCAUCAUGGACUGGCCGGCCGAUGUGAAGGUCUUGGCUCAGCACCUGGGCUUGUCGCACUUCGCGGUCCUCGGCUGCUCGGGGGCAGUCCCUAUGCACUGGCAUGUGCACACGGGCUCCCUCACGAGUUGA